CCGCCCGCGGGGCCGGCCUCGGCCCGGAGCGGAGGAAGGAGUCGCCGAGGAGCAGCCUGAGGCCCCAGAGUCUGAGACGAGCCGCCGCCGCCCCCGCCACUGCGGGGAGGAGGGGGAGGAGGAGCGGGAGGAGGGACGAGCUGGUCGGGAGAAGAGGAAAAAAACUUUUGAGACUUUUCCGUUGCCGCUGGGAGCCGGAGGCGCGGGGACCUCUUGGCGCGACGCUGCCCCGCGAGGAGGCAGGACUUGGGGACCCCAGACCGCCUCCCUUUGCCGCCGGGGACGCUUGCUCCCUCCCUGCCCCCUACACGGCGUCCCUCAGGCGCCCCCAUUCCGGACCAGCCCUCGGGAGUCGCCGACCCGGCCUCCCGCAAAGACUUUUCCCCAGACCUCGGGCGCACCCCCUGCACGCCGCCUUCAUCCCCGGCCUGUCUCCUGAGCCCCCGCGCAUCCUAGACCCUUUCUCCUCCAGGAGACGGAUCUCUCUCCGACUUGCCACAGAUCCCCUAUUCAAGACCACCCACCUUCUGGUACCAGAUCGCGCCCAUCUAGGUUAUUUCCGUGGGAUACUGAGACACCCCCGGUCCAAGCCUCCCCUCCACCACUGCGCCCUUCUCCCUGAGGACCUCAGCUUUCCCGCGAGGCCCUCCUACCUUUUCCCGGGAGACCCCCAGCCCCUGCAGGGGCGGGGCCUCCCCACCACACCAGCCCUGUUCGCGCUCUCGGCAGUGCCGGGGGGCGCCGCCUCCCCCAUGCCGCCCUCCGGGCUGCGGCUGCUGCCGCUGCUGCUACCGCUGCUGUGGCUACUGGUGCUGACGCCUGGCCGGCCGGCCGCGGGACUAUCCACCUGCAAGACUAUCGACAUGGAGCUGGUGAAGCGGAAGCGCAUCGAGGCCAUCCGCGGCCAGAUCCUGUCCAAGCUGCGGCUCGCCAGCCCCCCGAGCCAGGGGGAGGUGCCGCCCGGCCCGCUGCCCGAGGCCGUGCUCGCCCUGUACAACAGCACCCGCGACCGGGUGGCCGGGGAGAGUGCAGAACCGGAGCCCGAGCCUGAGGCCGACUACUACGCCAAGGAGGUCACCCGCGUGCUAAUGGUGGAAACCCACAACGAAAUCUAUGACAAGUUCAAGCAGAGUACACACAGCAUAUAUAUGUUCUUCAACACAUCAGAGCUCCGAGAAGCGGUACCUGAACCCGUGUUGCUCUCCCGGGCAGAGCUGCGUCUGCUGAGGCUCAAGUUAAAAGUGGAGCAGCACGUGGAGCUGUACCAGAAAUACAGCAACAAUUCCUGGCGAUACCUCAGCAACCGGCUGCUGGCACCCAGCGACUCGCCAGAGUGGUUAUCUUUUGAUGUCACCGGAGUUGUGCGGCAGUGGUUGAGCCGCGGAGGGGAAAUUGAGGGCUUUCGCCUUAGCGCCCACUGCUCCUGUGACAGCAGGGAUAACACACUGCAAGUGGACAUCAACGCAGGGUUCACUACCGGCCGCCGAGGUGACCUGGCCACCAUUCACGGCAUGAACCGGCCUUUCCUGCUUCUCAUGGCCACCCCGCUGGAGAGGGCCCAGCAUCUGCAAAGCUCCCGGCACCGCCGAGCCCUGGACACCAACUAUUGCUUCAGCUCCACGGAGAAGAACUGCUGCGUGCGGCAGCUGUACAUUGACUUCCGCAAGGACCUCGGCUGGAAGUGGAUCCACGAGCCCAAGGGCUACCAUGCCAACUUCUGCCUCGGGCCCUGCCCCUACAUUUGGAGCCUGGACACGCAGUACAGCAAGGGUCUCGCUUUGUCGCCCAGACGAAUGCAGUGGCGCGAUCACACUUCAAGUAACCUCACAUUCCUGUGCUCAAGUGAUCCUCCUGCCUCAGCCUUUGGAGUACUUGGGACUACAGGCGCGCACAACCGCGCCCGGCGAAUUUUUAAAAUUUUUUUGUAGAGCCAGGGGUCCCACUUUGUUGCCCAGGCUAGUCUCCAACUCCUGGCCUCAAGCAAUCCUCCCGCUUCAGCCUCUCAAAAUGCUGGGAUUACGCGCGUGAGCCACCAGCCUGGCUUACUUCCGUCAUCAUACCCUGUCUCUGGCUGGCAUGAGAUGAAUAGUGAGAUAGAACUUCCCAUUCUGUGUUCCCAGGACCUGGAGGAAAUCUACAGAUGUGAAACAAGACAACUGUGGUCCUUAUUUCCCUAUGGGAUGGGUGGGGCUCUAUUUAGGUGUUACCAGCAGAGUAGACAGACAUGUCACUCAGUGGCCAGGGCUUUGAUGGAUCCAGAGGGCUGAGGGAGCUGUCCACCCCAGGCUGGAGGGUCAAGGAAGCCUUCUUUCUGGGAGGGUACCCUCAAGCUAAGACCUGAAGAACGAGUAGGAGCUGGGUUAAGAGGAAGGUAGUGAAGAAUCUUGAGGAGGAUGGCAGGUACGGACGGUUCUGGUUGCUGCAAGCACUUCACUACGGUCAGGGCAUAGGAAAGGAGCUCUAACUUGAAAGCCAUGAUUGGGCUGUGGAGGUUUUGAGAACCUCAUGAAUUUUUAUGCAAAAUUCCAUGUACCUCUGUAUUCUCCAAUGCAGUGGUUCAUGGCAUCAUUUGUGGGUUCCAAAAAGGACUUACGGCUCCUCAGAACAAAAUAAACACUGAUUUGAUAUUCAAAGGGGGAGCAGAAAGGGCGCCAGCGAGGUUACCAGGUGCUAGGCCAUGCAGGGCCUCAUAAGCCAUAGUAAGUGGCUUGACCUCCUUUAUUCUGAAGGGAGUGGGCAUCAAGGGACUGGAGAUGAGACGUGUGAGAAAAACUGGCUGAGAACAGAGGAAGAGCUUCCCCAUUUGCAUUCCCUUGAGGUCUGGAGUUGUGGAAGAAAGCCAAGGAGGUCCCUAUUUACCAACCCAGAUUCCUAGGCAUUACCAGGAGAGGCCAGCAGAGGGCGCUGUAGCCCAGCAUAUGGACAUGAAGGGAAGGGGACUUUCCAGACUAAAGGCCCUGCCACCUCCUCUCUGGCGCAUUCUAGGGUCCCUUUUAGCCACCAACCUUGGUUCCUUCUCACGUUCUGAUGCCCUACCCGAGAUUCUGAGACUAGUCAGUUUCCCUCCCUUGUUUUUGCUGCCCAUCUCCCCUUCACAAGGCUCUGAGCUCCCACCAGGGAAGAUUGGGGCUGAAUUGGCUUCUCCUGUGGCCCAGCAUUGUCUCUCACAAGGAGCCAGGAACACAGCAUGUAUGAGGGAACGAAGACAUAAGGUUGCUAAGGAAGGGGAAGAUGGGCCAUGGGGAUGCAAUCUGGAGUCUUUUACCCUGGCUCACUCCUCCAGGAAGCCCUCCCUGCACACCACCCCAGGCUCUCACAGCUGACCACUUGGUGCUGGCAGGUCUUUGUUCUCUCUGGAGUGGGAGCUCUGUGAGAACGGGGUCCAGGACUGCCGUGGCUAUACUAUGUCCCCAGCACUGUCCAGGACAGCUGAAGAACACAGCAGGUGGCUCACACACACUGGCUGAAACAUGAAGCUCCUGGAAUCCCCAUGAGCCCCAAACACAGAACAGGCAGGAACUGUCCUCCGUGCUGCACACAGGCCAGGCCUGAGGCAGGUGGUCUGUGGAUGCCCAGUGAUGAUGCCGAACAAACCAGCCCUGGUCUCUGCCCCAUCAGUCCCACCCAUCCCUCCACCUAGAGGCCUGUUCCAUGUCCUUUACUCAAAAACUCCUGGAGGGAUUUUAGACUGUGAGAGGUAGAGAACAAGAGAAGCACUUUAAAAAUGAACUAGUGGAUUUUAAACCAGGGACCCUUGUUUAAGCGUGCAUUUUUAGCACCAAAAUCGGGGCCAGGCAUAUGAAUCCCUCCGUUAAGUUGUUUAAUGAAUGAGUAAAUAAUUUCCCUUUAAAGAGGCCCCCACCCCAAUUAACGGCCAACUGCAGUAACACUUCAGGGUUUCAACCCUGCUUCCUUCCUGCUAGGAGGUGCCAUGUCAUUUAUUCAAAGAAAACAAAACGAAACCAAACAAAACAGGGCAAACACAUUUCUUAAUAAGUGCAGUUUGUUAAAAUCAUGUUAAAACAUAUGAGUCAAGGGGAAGUAAAAAUAAAGGGUAUCACUGUAGGAAAAGCUUUUGGGUCUGGCACCUGGGAGACCACUGGAGAGGAGGCAGUGGGAGAAACUUCAAGUUCUGAAGGGAAGGAGCCCCCCAACCUCCCCUUCUUCCCUCUCACCCACUGAAUCCCACCAGAAACUACCAAGACGCCCGGAAUAAAAGGUUUCAAGUUCAAUAGUCACUCUCUCCAAAUACAAAAAGCAGUUACAAUUCAACUGAACACAGAAGCUUGUGUGCAAAGUUAUGGGGAACUGGGGCAUCGUAUAAAAAGUUGGGUUAAAGAUGA